UAGGAUUCUCAAUUAAAAUUUAAAUAUAAAUACAAGGCAAACCUUAAUUUGGGAUGUAAAGUUUCCAUAUCUUUUAAAAAAAAUUCAGAAAUUCGCUGCGUUUUCUCUUAUAUAUAGAGCAACAUCAUUUGUUUCAAGAUAGCCCACAAGAAAAUUUUCCUCUCUCUCUAAAAACCUGCACUCAAAAUCAAGAGAGGAUAGAGAUUUGUAUUCUCUCUCGAGUGAAAAUGGAGAGGGCAAGAAGUGAGGGCGAAAAUGGAGGUGUGAAACUUCCAAUUGGGUUCAGAUUUCACCCCACCGAUGAAGAGCUAUUGCUUCACUACUUAAAGAGGAAGGUUUUGUGUUUGCCAUUGCCCGCCACUGUCAUUCCUGAAUUGGAAGCUUUCCACUUCAAUCCAUGGGAUUUGCCUGGUGAGUUGAAGGAGAAGAGGUAUUUCUUCUGCAAGAGAAAGAGGAAUUUGAUGAAUAAAUGCAGCACUGAUUGUGGGUACUGGAAAUCAAGUGGCAAAGGCAAGCAAAUUGUGGGUGCAGAGACCAAUAAUGUGAUUGGGAUGAAGAAAUCAUUUGUUUUCUAUCAGGAUAGAAAGUCAAAAACUCAAUGGAUUAUGCAAGAAUUCUCCCUUGUGGGCUUUCUCAAAACACCACUCUUGAAUCAGAGAGUGGCGAUGCAAGUGGGAGAUUGGGUUGUUUGCCGUUUGUUCCAAAGGAAGAGGAGACCAAGAAAUCAUUCUAACAAUAGCAAGAAUGAGUUGGGAGUCUCCAUUGCUCAAACGACGUCGUGUUCCAGUGGGAUCACUCACAUCUCUUGUAGUGAUUUAGAUCAGGAAGCAAGUAGUCGUAGUGCUACUUUUUUGUGAGAGAUUCGUCUCGUUUUGUAACGCACAACAAAAGGCUUAUAUUGGAAUGGAAGCUCUCUUCUUUUCAUUUA